AUGGAGGAUUAUCCAAAACACAGCUCCAGACUGACCCUGUGCGUGGGCUGUGGGAGUCAGAUUCUGGACCCGUACAUCCUGCGCGUGUCCCCGGACCUGGAGUGGCACGCGUCCUGUCUCAGGUGCGCGGAGUGCGGGCAGUACCUGGAUGAGACGUGCACGUGCUUUGUGCGGGACGGGAGGACCUUCUGCAGACGGGACUAUGCGCGUUUAUUUGGAAUAAAAUGUGCAAAGUGCAACGGCCGCAUCCGCAGCGACGCCCUGGUCCUGAGAGCGCGCGGGGACGUGUAUCACGUGGAGUGUUUCCGCUGUUCCGUCUGCGGCAGACUCCCGCUGCCCGGGGACGAGGUCACGGUGAGAGGCGAAGAGCUGCUCUGCCCGGAGCACGAGGCACCGGAGGAGGAGAGUUCGGUCCAGGUGAGACACACACCUGUCCAUCACACACGCAGCUCCUCAGAGAAGUCCACGCGUGUGCGGACGGUGCUGAACGAGAAGCAGCUGCACACUCUGCGCACGUGUUAUAACGCAAACCCUCGUCCGGACGCACUCAUGAAGGAGCAGCUCGUGGAGAUGACCGGCCUCAGCCCCAGAGUCAUCAGAGUCUGGUUCCAAAACAAACGCUGCAAAGACAAAAAGAGGAGCCUGGUCCUGAGGCAGGAGGAGAGUCUGCAGGGGCUGACGGCCACACUGCUCACAGUGUCCAGUCCUGUCCAUCACCUCCAGAGUCCAGAGGCGGAGCUCCUGGACGUGGAGACACAGCGGCCUGUGUGGACGUCCUUCAACCACACAACACUCCAGCCGCACGUCCUUCAGGUGUUGGACUCCCAGAGCAGCUCUUCGUGCAGUGACGUGUCUCUGUCAGACACUCAGAGCAGCCUGGUCCUCAGUCCUGGAGACACGUGA